GAACGUUAUGAAUUGUAUGGAACGCAACUGAAUCAGAAUAUUGUACAGAUGAGUGCAAAGCUGGAAGAAAUAUCAAAUGAGAAGUUAGUUUUGGAAUCAAAAGUGCAGACUUUAGAAAGUCAAAUAGAAAUGCUGCAGGCAAUUGAUAGACCAAAUUUAAUAAAUGAGGAUAAUAGAUAUGCUCUGAAUUUAGUCGAACUGCAAAAAGUACAAAGUAAAUUGACUGAAGCGGUGUAUGAUAAUCAGAAAUUGAAGCAAUCAAUUGAGGAAUUGAAGGCAAAACUUAUAAAUAAAGAACAAGAAGUUAUUGCAUUGUCUUCCGCGCUUAGUGAUGAGAAAUCAAAGUUGAUGGAAAAAACUGCUGAAUUGGUUUUGGUUGAAGAAUCGUUAUCAAAAGCUCGUUCUCUUGCUGAGGAGCAGCAAAAACAUACGGAGGGAGCGCUUUCAAUAUCACAACAGCUGCAGAAUGAAAAAGCUACAGUUUCAAGAGCUAUUGCGCAGAAUCGAGAAUUGAAGGAACAAUUAGUCGAGCUGCAAGAUAAAUUAAUAACGGUUACACAGGAAAGUAUGGAAAGAGAAAGUGGACGACUGAGUGCAUUGCAUCUGGUUGGUCAGUUAAGAAGUGAAUUGAAUCGGCUUUCUGGUCAAUCUUUUGACAGUAAAAAUGUUGAUUCUUUGACAGUUCCAAUAAUACCGGAUGGCUAUGCAUAUCAGCAGCAGCAACAUAUUCAAUAUAUUAAUUCACGAGAUCGUGAUGAGACUAUUUCAACUCCAUCGGUUUCUGAGUGCUAUGAAAGAGAUAUGUCGCUUUCGCACACAGAAGAUACUCAUGCGCAUACUGAAGUAGAAUUAGCCAAUGUUAGAAUGGUUUUGGAUGAAUUAAGACUUGAUCAUAGACGAGUAGUGCAGGAGAAUGAGGAAUUACGCAGGAUAAUGGAACAAAAUUCUGAAGAUGAAAACCAGAAUACCAUACACGUUGAACUGGGACAAGCAGUUGAGAGGAUCAACACAUUGUCUACUGAGAAUGAACAAUUACGGAAUGAUGUCAGCAUAUUGCAAGAGAAAUUAAACAAUGCAUCGGUGUCAAGUAAUAUUACACCUUCAUCUUUUCACUGUGAUACAAUAUCAUCUGCUUGGACAAAUGAUGAUGUUGUAAAACAGCAGGAAGCAUCUUCAGUAAAAGAAAAACCGCUGGCUUGGACAGAAUUGGAGACUCGUUUCACUCGGGCGAUGCAACAAGUUGCAGAUCUUGCCGAAGAAAAGGAACAACUGCAACAUAUUGUAAUGCAAUUAGAGACUGAAAAUGAUACCAUCGGUGACUAUGUGACAUUGUAUCAACAUCAGAGAAAAAAGAUCAAUGAGAGGAUGCGCGAAAGAGAAGAAGCAGUUGCGAAAUUAUCUUUCGAAAAAGAACAGAUGCAGCAAAAGUUGAACGAAUUACAAAAAGUUUUGAUUGAUCUGCUAUCAAAGAAAGGAUUGUUGCAUAUUUAUGAACAUGAGAAAGGAACGUUAAACAAUUGUAAUGGAUCAUCAAAGCGUUCGCGCGGUGUUCGAUCUCAUGGUACUGACGAUGAAUUCUCUGAUAAUGAGGAGACAGUUGUUGAUACUUCAAAAUUGCUUGUUCCCAGCAGUCCAGAUUCCUGUAUUGACGUCUCAAACAUCUCUAGAAAUAAAGUCAAGGAAAACAUUUUGGAAAACAAUGCUGAUGAUGAUGUCGGCGUGCAAAGAAUUUUAAAUUUGAUAUCGGAGCUGCAGGAUCUGGAACGUGCAAGAACACUUGCACCAUGCAGUCCUAAUGUACACUGCAGCGAAUGCCGCGGAAAAUUAAUCAAUUUAUGA